AUGGCCCGAUGGAAUCUUCAAAUGCACGUCAUGGCAAUGCAUUCGUCUUUUCGACCAUAUAAAUGCCGUUCUUGUGAUUUUCAAGACUAUCGGAAACCCGGAAUGCGAAAACAUUGCAUACUUACCCAUGGAGAGGACAUGGAUCCAGUAGACAUUAGUAACGAUGUGAAAAGAGCGGAAUGGGACAGUGUGAUGCGACGAUGCUUCCCCGAGUUCGGCUAUCGAACCGGAUUUCUAAUCGAUCAGAAAUCAGCUCCAGUUAUUGCCCCAGAGACAUCGUCCUGA